GUGUAAGUCUAAAUUCACACGUACACUCCGUCCAGCAUCAGUUUCUACUUUCGACUCUUUCUCCCAGUAUUUGAAGAAAAUAUUGAAGCCAUUUUUGUCUAUGAACUCUUCCUCUCUUUCCUUUUCUUCUUCUACAAAGCUAGAAAGACUGAGGGAGAGCUUUAAUGGAGGCUCAAAACCAAAAUAAACAGAAGCCCAAUUCAGAUCAAGUAGUCCUCUUCAUGGAUGAACCAAACUCCAAACACAAAGAAUCAUCUCCUCAGGCACAGGCUCAGGCAGAUAGUAACAACAUUACCCUUCCACUCUCACAACAACAAACCCCCGCAAAAACCAAAACUCUUCGCCGUCUCAACUUCUCCAAACCCAGAGCCCGUUUUGCCGAAACAACCUUCCCUCUAACUCCCAAACCCAUCCCCGAAUCCGAUGAAAACCAACCCUUAUACCCUCACCACGAAACCUCCUCCACCGACUCCGAUGACGACUGGUUCGACGACGACGAAGAAGAUGGUAAUGUAGGAGAUAGUAAGGAAGCCGAGUACAGAAGAAGAAGAAGAAAAAGAAAGAUAAACAGAAGAGCUUUAAUUGAGUUCGUUCUCUUUAUCAUUAUCAUGAUUUGUUUGAUAUGUUCUUUAACUCUACAAUCGCUCCAACACAAACUUUGUUGGGGUUUAGAGUUAUGGAAAUGGUGUCUUAUGAUCAUGGUUUUGUUUUGCGGACGCUUGGUUUCGGCUUGGGUUGUUGGGUUCAUGGUUUUCCUUAUAGAACGGAAUUUCAUGCUUCGUGAAAAGGUUCUAUAUUUCGUUUAUGGAUUAAGGAAGAGCUUUCAAAACUGUGCUUGGUUAGGGUUAGUUCUUAUAUGUUGGAUGAUCAUGUUCCCUGAUAUUCACAAACAAAACAUCGUUGUUAAAAAAACAUUUCUUGGCCUGAUUGCUGUUCUAACCGGCGCCACCAUUUGGCUACUGAAAAUCGUUUUGGUGAAGGUAUUAGCUUCAUCCUUUCACGUAGCCACCUUCUUUGAUCGCAUGAAAGAGAGCGUUUUCCAUCACUAUAUCCUGGAUGCACUUUCGGGGCCUCCCUUAGACGAAGAGCCUAAAAAACGAGGACUGAAGCAUGCUAAAACCAUGCCUGCCAGGCUGAGGCCGGAAGGCAGCGGCGGCGGCGUGGCCAGAACGUUGUCGAAGAAAGGGUCGAGAAGGAUUGACAUGGAGAAGCUGAAGAAGCUUAGCUUGGAAGGGAGAGCUAAUGCAUGGAGCGUCAAGAGGCUGGUCAACUACGUUAAGUCGUCGGGAUUGUCCACGAUAUCCAGGACGGUCGAUGAUUUUGGGGCGGGGAAAUCGGAAAUUAACAGCGAGUGGGAGGCUCGGACAUGUGCUCAGAGGAUCUUCAAGAAUGUGGCCAAGCCAGGGGCCAAGUAUAUAGAAGAGGAAGACCUAUUGAAGUUCUUGAAUAGUGAAGAAGUUCAUACUAUAUUUCCUCUCUUCGAAGGAGCCCUUGAGACUGGAAAGAUCUCCAAAUCUUCCUUUAGAAAUUGGGUGGUACAUGCAUAUGUUGAGCGCAAAGCCUUGGCUCAUUCCUUGAACGAUACCAAAACAGCAGUCCAACAGCUGCACAGAUUAGCAAGCGCAAUAGUUGUUGUGAUUAUAAUCGUAGUUUCCCUUCUAGUAAUGGGGGUUGCCACCAUUAAGGUCGUCUUCGUUGUUACAUCUCAGUUGCUUAUUGUGGGAUUCAUGUUCCAAAACACCUGCAAAACCAUCUUUGAAUCCAUCAUUUUCGUCUUCGUUAUGCACCCUUUUGACGUGGGUGAUCGUUGUGUCAUCGAUGGAGUUCAGAUGAUUGUGGAAGAAAUGAACAUAUUGACCACAGUGUUCUUAAGAUAUGACAUGGAGAAGAUAUAUUAUCCAAACUCUGUUCUUCUUACAAAGCCUAUUAGCAACUUCAGAAGAAGCCCCGACAUGGGAGAUACUGUUGAUUUCACCAUUGAUGUCUCUACUCCUGUUGAAGAUAUCAAUGCUCUCAAGAAAGCUAUACAAUUGUAUAUUGACAGCAAGCCAAAACAUUGGAGUCCAAAGCACACGUUGAUAUUCAAGGAGAUAGAGAAUAUGGACAAGAUGAAGCUCGUUCUUUGCGUUCAGCACACAAUAAACCACCAAAACUAUGGCGAAAAAAGCAGUCGAAGAUCAGAACUGGUGUUUGAAUUGAAAAAGAUCUUCGAGGCUCUUGGUAUUAAGUACCAUCUUCUGCCUCAGGAGGUUCAUCUCAUCACCAACCAGCUUAACAACGUCAUGCCCAAUGCCAAUGCCAGAAUCCCCACGUAAUCAAAUAUAUAAAUAUAUAUAUCCAUUUCUUCAACAGCCAAAAAAAAAAAAAAAAAAAAACAAAACAAAAAAAAAAACCAAA